AUGGCUCCCUCAAUACGGCUUGCCACCGUCACCAUCCUCGCCGGUCUCCUCUUCACAUCACCCUCCACCGCACAAACAUACUCGAUCUGCAACCCGACAAUACAAUCCGGCUGCCCACCGAAUCCCGCCCUCGGCCGAUCCGUCACCAUCGACUUCAAAGACGGUCCAUCCGAUGAGUUCACCACCUCGGGCAACCCCUCCUACAACUCAGACGGCGCAGUCUUCACCGUUGCAUCGCCCGGUCAAGCACCAACCCUCUCAUCGAAAUGGUACAUAAUGUUUGGAAAAUACUCCAUCACAGCCCGAGCGGCACCAGGAAGAGGCAUCGUCAGCUCUUCGGUCCUACAAUCCGACGAUCUCGACGAAAUAGACUGGGAAUGGCUGGGAGGAGAACCCAACGACGUACAAUCAAACUACUUCGGCCGCGGACAAACCACCACCCACGACCGUGCCGCCGUCCACGCCCUUUCCAACACACAAGAGCAGUUCCACACCUACACCACCGAAUGGACAGAAAACCAAAUCAUCUGGUCCAUCGACAACAACGUCGUCCGCGUGCUAAACAAAGGCGACGCCAAAGGCCAAUACCCUCAAACCCCCAUGCAACUCAAAAUCGGUUCCUGGGCCGGAGGCGACUCGGCCAACACCCAAGGAACCAUCGACUGGGCGGGUGGAUCAACCGACUACUCCAGCGGGCCCUUCUCCAUGUACGUCUCCACCGUCUCCAUCGUGGACUACUCCACCGGAACAUCCUACAGCUACGGCGACCAAAGUGGCAGCUGGGAAAGCAUCGUCUCCUCCGGCGGCCAAAUCAACGGCAACAGCAAAGGCAGCAUGACCGUCAACGACGCCCCGAGAAUCACCUCGACGGUCAACGGAAACCCCGUGUCGGGAUGGAGGAGCGAGUCCGAGGGUACCGCAUCGUAUACCACCCUCCCGGGUCUGCCUUCGGGUUGGAGCAUCAGCAGCUCGGGCAAGGUCGUCAAGUCGGAUGCGACCGCAACGCCAACACCCCCCACUACCUCCCCCUCGCCCUCGCCUGCGCCACCAGCGCCUUCCUCCUCGGAGGCGGCGGCAGUCUCUUCCGAUUCCACCACAUCCAGUAGCCUCACCGUCAGCCCUGCAUGCAUCUCAACAAGAACCUGGGACGACCGAGGAUUCCGCAUCACAGCCGCAGUCGACGCCUGCGUCACAGCAGCCGCUUGGAUGCCGGUGCUCGCGAUGAAAGACGAAACGGAGCUCGCUGCGCCUUCGACACUGACGGCGGACUCGAGCGUGCCGUUUGUGACGGAGCAUAUUCAGCGUGGUGGUGGGAGCAGGGUGUUGAGUAACUUGGGGGGAUUAUUCUGUACAGCUUUGACGAUGGGUUUAGCGAUGGGUGGGAUGUACAUACUUGCAUAGCGUGCUUUUCUUUCUUGCAUGGUCGGGAACGGUGUUUGUGGGUUUGGGCAUCUGGUGAACAGCAACGAGAUGAGCAACGAGAUGAUGAAAAGCAUGGACAGGAGAGGAGAGGUAGAAAAUACAUACAGCUCACGCAAAGAGGAGAAAGAAGCUCGUCGCA